AUGGAGGAGGAGUUACAACGGCUUAGCACCAAGGUGCAAGAAGCCUUGGAAGAGGUGCAACAUGUGCGCGAUCGGGUGAAGAAGAUGUGCCAUGAACUCGGGCAGGUGGACAUCUCCGAGAAAGCGCAGACCUCGCAGGCUGAUGAGGCCUACACCACCAAGUUGAAGACGCUUCUGUCGAGCGUCUCCCAAGAGGCUCCCACUGUGCCCAUAACUACACCUCGAGAAGCCGAUCGAAAGGACAUCGGCAGGAAAUUGAUAUCGGAGCGCGAUGAAGUUUUGAGCCUGGAAAAGGAGCUUGCAGCCCUGCAGCUGUCUUUGAAAGAAGCUGAUCCUCCAGGCCAUUUCAAGGAAUCAUCUCCAGAAGAUCAGUCCGCGUUGCCCCGCGCCCUGUCCACCGGUCCGGAAGGACCGGUCGGAGCGGUGGCAGAGCGAGCGCCUGAAGGCCAAGAUGGUCAAAGCGGCGAGUUGGAGAAGAAAGAUGCCAGCGCGGACAUCGCACCCAAAGCAAAAGCCAUGGCGGCCUGCCCGGGCCGCACCUCGCGCAGCUCGUUGCCCAAGCCGCCACCGCCCAAAGCGAAGCCGGCGCCGAAGGCCAAGGUUCGAGCACAGGCACCAGACGAAGAGACGGAGCGUGAGGAUGGCACCUCAAGUCGGCUGGUGAACCUCCACUGGCGUGCCUCCCAAGCUCCUCCCGAGGAGACCGAAAUCUUUGUUGGCAAAGACGGGUACUUGCAGUGCAUGUCCACCAUGAUGGAGAGGUGGGGGAUGGAUCGUGCUGAGCGAAUGAGGCAAAGCAUUCAGAGUUUCGAGGGCCGCGCCGGUGCAGUGGAGGCUGAACGUCAUGACGCCGAGCGUGAGGCCGAGCGUGACCCCAAGCAGACGCCGUCCAGACGACGGAGGAAAACAGUCUUCAAUGCUGCUGAUGUGGUGCCCAUUCCGGAGCUUCCUCAGAAUCAACUUGAAGAUCUCUUUGCUGCGCGCGCCGCGACGUUCGACAUCGGUGCGCGCUCAGCCAGCACCAGCGAUGUGAGUUCGUUGAUCGUUGAUAGCACGCAUCAGCGGAUCCUGGACUUGAUGGUCCGUAGUGAGGCCAUGCAACGACAGCGGGAAAGUGGCAACAUCCGCAACGCACCGUGGCGAGUGCAGGAUGCGGUGGAACACGCGGUGACUGAGCUACUGGCCACACUGCAGAGUUGCGACUUUUCCCGUCUCACACGCUCGGUGCUCAACGAUCUGCGAAAGGUGGUGGUGCACCACUUGGAAGGUGGUCACAACAUCCUCUCCUUCGUCGAAAGCCGUGGGGUCGAGGCUCUCUCCAGGUUGGAACAUCCGCAUUUGCACCAGCUGCUCUACGGUGUCCUUCGGAUCCCAGGGAUUUCCACCAGGCUGGAGUGCAUGGAUUUGGUCGCCAAAUUUCCCGCUGAACUGGAGAGCUGCCGCGAAGACUUGCAGAUCCUGCGCCGUGCUCUGCUACAAAUCCGCGAUCGGCAGGCGGCCUUCCGGUCCUUUUGGAGCAUGGCCAUGCACCUGGGGAACACAUUGAAUGGCUCGGCGGCCGGAGGCUUUCGACUCAGCAGUCUCUCCAAACUGCUGGACUUGAAAUCACCUGAUCGGAAAGAGAUGACCUUCUUCCACUUCGUCCUGCUACAGCUGCCCCCCGCUACCGUGGAGGCCCUGACAGAUCUGGAGCUGUUGAAUGCUCUGAAGACGGCCAGCAGCAAGCGAACCCACACGGUUCAUCAGGAUGUGCUGGUCCACCUGGAUGGCUUCCGACGGCUGGAAGGCUUGGUGGCCACCGGCAGCUUCAAGGGCGAAAGCAUCCCAGCGAUGGAUGGCGAUCCUUUCCACCGGGCCAUGGCGGAUUUUGUCAGGGAGUCCCAGGGCGCAUGUGCCGAGCUGUGGGCUUCCAGCAUGCAGGUCUUCCAAAGCUAUCGCGACAUGGGGAUCUUCUUCCAAGACCUGUCCUAUGUCUACCCUCCUCCCGGAGGGGCGGAGGAGGAUCGGCGGAAGGACCUCUUCGGAGUGCUGGGCAACUUCGUUGCGGAGUGCGCCAAGGCGCAGCAAGAGAUCGAUGGAUCGAAGGAUGGAGCUAUGGGUUUGGGUGUCCAAGUGCUGGACGUGGGAAGUUCUUCUAGACUUUGUGCAGGUCCAGGCGCCGCGCGUGUACGCGGAGAAUUCGAGACUUCGUCAGUGCCGCUGGACUGCACCAAGGACGAAGCGCCCGAAUUUAGUUGGGCCUUUAGGGAAGUCCGAAAUCGGUUGGUCAAUUUUGACGGCAAAAUUCAAGAAAUUGAAGCCAGGCCAUACUGGUACCAGCAGACCUUCCGGAUCUCGUCUUCCGCAGGGAACGCCUUCACGCGGCAUUUGCUUCGAUGGGAUUUGGUGAAUCGCUUGGCUGAGAAACCGGACCGCCUCAGCGUCUCUGAACUGCUGCUGCUGGCCCGACAGUUCUUCGCUCUACACGCCCUGCUAGGCUUGCUGGGUUUGUUGGUGGAGGCACUGGCGCAAACAGUGACGCUUGCGGGCCUUUGGAAUGUGGCUUUCCCACUGACCGGCAUGCACUUUGCCAGGGAGAAUGGAGGUGGUAAUCGCGCUGUGCGAUGGUGGAUUGCAUACUGGCUUCUGGAGACCUUGUUUAACUUCUUCCAGAGUAUCAGCCGUGGUGAUACGAAUUUGCGAGCACUAGCGGUCUAUGGUGUGCAAUGGUUGGCUUUAGCACGUCUGUGGUGCUGGCUGCACGUGCAGCAAACCUCUUCAGUCCAAUUCUACUUGAACAUUGUGAUUGAGAGCGGCAAGGAGACUUGGCUGAGCCGCGCCACGGCCAGCACCAUUCGCAGCACCCGAAGCACAUCGGUGGAUUUGCUGGCGGACAAGACUUUCGCAGAUGACAAGUAUGCCUCACGCCUGGCGGACAGCGUGGAGAAGAUGAUCUGCGAAAAGCUGCGGGAUGAGGCCGCCAUCUUGGCGAAGGCCAAGAAGCAUUUUCAGCGAGGGAAUUUGAUCGUUGUUUUGGUCUCCAUUGAGCGAAUUGAUAUGAGGAAGAUGCUGGAGCUAAAGGGUGAACAGCACCGACUCAGAAGGGUCGACGUCAUCAUGCGCUUUUUACGCUUCGUGCCACUGCCACUGAAGCCCGAUUUCGAAGAAGUGCUUUUGUCACAGCUGUGUCGCAACAUGAUUGGCAACGUGCCCUCGCAGUUGACCCGGCAGAUGUGCGAAAUCGGUGGCGUGAACGUGGAAGUUGAAGCCAAGAGCAAGGAGCAGCAGGCAGACUAUUUGUUGGAAGCCAUGCGGCAGUUGGAUGAAGAAGACAUCCAAGACGCCAAGAACCGUCGAAGCUAUGCCUUUGGCGGCGACGAGGUUUGGCCCUUCUUCUGUGGCUAUGGCCAUGCCAAGGCAAGUGACUUGCAGCAUCGCUCCCCACGUCCCCGACUGAAAGCAGUCAUUCAGAUUCGUCACAGAGAGACCAGAAGCGCCUUGGAGCCAAGCCAUACUGCUCAGUGGAUCGUGCUAAAGGAGGAGCUCCGCCGGCGCCGCAAUAGCGGCUCCCUGGGCAGCACCCACAGUGCCCGCAGCACGCCGCGGUCCUCGGGGAGUGGACCUUCAUAUGUGGACUACGCAGGUGGCAGCAUGAGCGGGCCUAGUCAGGUUACAGAGGCCAUGCUGGCGACGUUUAUGGCUGUCCCAAGGAAGUCCAGGACUCCUCCAUUAUCACCCGUGAAAGAGCGUGGAGAGACUCCAUAUCGUAUUGCGUGCCAAUGA